CUAAAUUUAAAACAAACAAUAGAUUCACCAAAAAUAUAUCAGAUUAACUUCAAUUAUAAAUACUGCAACAAAUGAAAUUCAAAUCAUCAGUUAAUUUUUGGUAAUCAAAAGUAGCAUUCAAACAAAAUGAAAUUCGUGAUUGUUCUUGCCUGUCUCUUGGCCGUAGCUUACGCCAACGAAGAAGCCAAUGUCAUUAAGAAUGACGCCGAAGUCAAUGUUGACAGUUUCCAUUACGCUUUGGAAUUGGACAACUCCAUCAAGGCUGUACAACAAGGUCAAUUGAAGGACAAGGACAACUGGAUCGUAUCUGGUGAAUACGAAUACGUAUCCAAGGAUGGCAAACACAUCAAGGUCUCCUACACCGCCGAUGAAUUCGGUUAUCAUCCCAAAGUAGAAAACUAAACAAAUUAUUAAAAUUAUAAAAAAUGUUAAUUGUUGAAAUAAACGAGAUUAUUGCAAAAAGUUAAAGAGAA